GGUGCGUGUCACGAAAAGGUGAAACCAACGCAGAAAACAUAUUUGGAUGAUUUGAUAAGUAGUAUUUCACCCUAACACUUGCAUAUAUUGUAUCAUGACGGCCAAAUAGUACACCAAUUUCCAAAACGAUACAUUUAAACCGUUAUAGUGUCACCAUCAAACAAAAUACGUUGUUUCCCUAAGUUUAGUUAGUUUUGUGUUGGAGAGAAAAUGGUUCGGUGGUGUAAUACGGUGGUUCUGUUGGUACUGGCGGUGGCAGUGGUGAGGACGAUGACGGUGGAAUGCAACUACUCGAUAGCAUCCGGUGGGGGAAAGGCGGCGACAAGUGAGAUAAAGGGGAAUAAGCAAGAUGCUAAGGAGAAGGUGCAUCAGACUUUGGAGGAAGCUAAUGAGACUGCUGUCACAUGGACUGACUGGGCUAAGGAUAAGAUUCAAGGUGUUCUUGGUCUCGUAGGGUUUGCAAAUGGUGGAAUAAAAAUUGACAAGGCAGCUGAAAUUGUGGAUGAGGCUUCCGGCAAGGCGAAGGGGAAGUAUGAACAAGUGAAGGAGAAAACUUAUGAAGUUAUUGAUGAGGAGCUUUGACUCUUAUGGGUUCUCUUGCUUGUCUAAAUGUUUUUCAAAUUUCUAUGCUUAAAUUAUAUACAAGUAUGUUGUACGUAAUCUAAUUAGAUUCAUCAAUGUUUAGUUUUGAGCUACAUUAAAUUCAUUGUUAUGUAAAAAUUUAAGUUUGUCGACAAGUUAACAAAGUUAAAAUAGAC